AUGACGAACCAAACCCCUCAUUCCUCGUACCUCCGAAAAUGCAUCUCUCUCGCUGAGCAAUCCCCACCACGCCCAACAAACUUCCGCGUCGGAGCUAUCCUUCUCUCCCGCAAAGACGAGGACCCCACCGGCUUAGAGGACCGCAUCCUUUCAACGGGCUACACCAUGGAGCUAGCAGGCAACACCCAUGCCGAGCAAUGCUGCUUCUCCAACUUUGCCGCGGUGCACAAUGUCCCUGAAGACGAGGUCGCCGCGGUAUUACCCAAUGAGCCAGGCCGCAAGCUCAUCAUGUAUGUUACCAUGGAGCCCUGUGGGAAACGGCUCUCGGGCAAUGCUCCGUGCGCUCAGCGUAUUGCGCGGACUCGCGAGGGAGGUCGACGCGGUGUGCACAAGGUGUUUUUUGGGGUGAAAGAGCCGGAGACGUUUGUUGGAGAGUCGGAGGGGUGCCGGAUGUUGAGUGCGGCGGGAAUUGAGUGGGAGCAUAUUGCUGGGUUUGAGAAGGAGAUCUUGACGGUCGCUAUGGCGGGUCAUGAGAAUAGUGAAGCCGAGGUCAAUGCUGCCCUUGGACAAGGUCGUCAGGGGACGAAUGUGGAUGACAUCAGUCCAGAUGAGCGACAGCGGCAGGAGCAAAUGCCGCGAAAUUCAAAAAAGAGGAUGAUGGAGGGGGAGACCAUGAUCUAUUAG